ACUUGGUAGAUGCUGGAGUGCUUUAGGGAGCCGGAGGCACCCAAUUGGAGCCACAAACGUAACCAAAGCUGGUGUCAAACUGGAGUCAAAGGAGAUGCAGGAUGGAGCCACAGGGGUGGGAAGGUGUUCGCCCAGCAAAGGACUCAGCAGGGACACGUGGGUGAGUGGGUCGCUGCCCCUCUAACCAAAACACUCUCUGCCCCAUGGUGCAGGUGCCAGCGUGGCCACCCAGGACAUCUGCAGCUCUCCAGGUGUUGGCGAGCACAAGGAUGGGCCAGACAAGGGAGGGGGGGGGGGGGUGGAUAUAGGACCAGAGCACGGGUUUGUUGCCCAUGUGUGAACCCCUGGAGAGGACACUCCAGUAAUGCUGGCCUGGGGCAUCCCUGUGCCAUCCCUCCAGGUGACAUCCCGGCUCCUAACCUCUUCUUGAACACCUUCGGCACUCGGGACUGGGAACUGCUUUUGUUUCGCUGCUCCCUCGACGGGCAUUCUCCCGCUACCCGAAUCGUCUUCUGCAAGGAUGGGGUGGAGGAGCACAGCAUGAAAGCCCAACAGGGGCAGUUGAGCUACAUCAUGCUGCGGAAUGUCACCUUGGGAAGUGAGGGAACGUACACGUGUGGGUAUCAACACAGGAACAGGAACAACUGGGUGAGGAGCUCUGCCCUCAGUACACCUCAGAACCUGACUUUCACAGGCAGUCGGUCCAGCUCCCAGGAAGGGACAUUGACUGCAGCUUCUGUCUCCCCAGCUCCCCAAACCCAGAUCAUCCACAACUUCUCCAUAUGCAACAUGAUGGGACUGGUGGCCAUCUCUCUCAUCCUCCCGACUGCAGCCAGCUACUGUGCCAUGAAGAAAGGGAGCAAAGGUGCUGAGAUGGGAAAGACCAAAUGCAUCCCAGCCCCAGGCAGAUAUUUGCUCCCAGCCCUCUGGGCACAAGAAGCGAGUCUCUGAGCUGGCCUGAGCAGAGCAAGCAUGGCUCCUCAACACUUGGGCUGUCCGCAGCUGCUGAGAGCUUGGGAGAAGCCAGUCUGGGAAACAGGACACUCAGAUGCAUAGGCUGGGCUGGAAAAGUCCCUCCCUGAGUGAAGUGUGGAGUUUCAGCCCAUCAUCUUCAUUGUGCAGGCCAGAGCUUGGAAAGCCAGAGCUGUGCAGUAACUCUGCCUCCCCCUUUCUUUUCCUUGCAGUGACCUGCGGAGAGAGAUCCCAAAGCCUCGCGUGCAAGAGAUGAACGCCAGGACAAUAUAUGCCACGGUGAGCCACUCACACCGCCAGCCCAGAUAGUGCUCCAGCAUGGCAAGUGCACAGGAAGAAUUGCCCACGUUGGCAUUUUUCCUUUGGCAGAGAACUCCCAUGCUGGUUGUCCUGGUUUCAGCUGGGAUAGAGUUAAUUGUCUUCCUAGUAGCUGGUACGGUGCUAUGGUUUUG